UUAGGUUUAUAAAUAAUGAUACAUUGAUACUUUAUAUUAUUGUGGAUCGGGUCUAUACAAGAUUAGCAAGUUACAAAAACCUAAAAAUAAAUAAAAAUUAAAAACUUAUGUUAAAAGCUAAUUAAGUGAGACAGAGAAGAGUAGAGAGAGAAAGAAGAGAGAGAUAGGAAGAAGAAAGAUAAAUGGAAAAAGCAGAGAAUAAAAAGAGACCGGAUGUUGACAAAUUUCAUGUCACUGUUCUUAGAAGGUCGUUUGUUUGUGUGAAGAUUUCUUAUCUGGGAUCUCUCUCAUUCUCUCUCUCUAACAAAAAAUAAAAACUCUAUUUUCUCUCUCUACUUUCUCGCUCUUCAUUUCUUCACUUUCUCUCUCUAAAAAAAAUUAACUCUUUGUUUCAGACACUGGCCCAGCAGAUCGAAAUCUUCAUCUUUUUCCUCCCUUCUUAAUCUCAUGACGAUCUAAUUAGCUCUUCAUUCAAUGGGGUUUUUUCAAAAUCUUUUUUUUAUUUAAUAUAUUUAUAAAUAUUUUAUUUUUGUUUUCUAACUAAAGGUGGGUUUUUUAUUUUAUUUUUAUUACUUAUAGUUUUGUUAUUAAAGAUUUUAUCUUUAUUUAAUUUUCUUGUAAACUCAUUUGUAAAGUUCAUUCCUUUUUCAGUCUCUGAGGACUGAAUUUUCAUGAUGGGACUUUUUUUUUUUUUUUUUCCCUUCUCUUUUAUUAUCAUCUCUGAAAAACCUCUCUUACUCAUGAAUGAUUGAAUCCCCUUUGUUUUAGAGAGGAAAACACAGUUCUAGAGAGAGAGAGAGAGAGAGAGAGAGAGGGAGAGUGAUUGGAGGAUGUGGGUCUAAAGGAAUGGGAACAAAAGUGCAGUUUGAGAAUUACUUGCCUGCAUAUUACUCAAUGAAGGAUCUUACUCGUGAAUCUAAUGGUGCUAAUUGGCCUUCUUGUUUUGGUGAGAGCAAUUUAUCCAACGGACAAUUUUAUUAUGGUUUUUUGCCUAGGACUGUUGCCGAUUCACAGCCAGGGUAUGACAAGGAUAUUGUAAAGCAAACAAUGCUGGAGCAUGAAGCCAUAUUUAAAGAUCAGGUGAGUGAGUUACAUCGACUAUACAGAGUACAAAGAGAUCUGAUGGAUGAGGCCAGGAGGAAAGAGCAAUUUAAACGGAGAAUUCCUUAUGAAACAUCAUCUUCAUCAAGCCCUGUACCAUCCCAAAUGCAAUAUGAGGAUGUGCAAAGAUGGAAUGGUCCAAACCUUCCAAUGUCAAACUCAGUUUGUGGUAGACCUCCCAUUUCAGCCCCAGAUACUGUUCAAUCUUCACCAUUAUCUGCCAAAGGAAAGAGCAUACAAGCCAGUCCAAGUUCACUUCCGAAUUGCUAUAGCCCAAAGAACUUGGAAUCGGAGUCUAGACCGACAAAACUUAGAAGACGAAUGCUUGACCUGCAACUCCCAGCUGAUGAGUAUAUUGACACAGAUGAAGUGGAUCAGUUUAAUGGUGUAAAAGUUUCUGAUAAUAUGAGUCCUUCCCCUGAUAAAAACAGAAAGUUUGCUGUGGGGAAUGGAAAACGGUUAAUGGACUAUCCUGGAAAGAUUGAAUUUCAAGGAGAUGCUUCAAGAUCUAAUUUGCAUGUCAGUAAACCUAGGGCUCUGGCAGACUUGAAUGAGCCAUUAAUUGUGGAAGAAGCGACCUCUGUCUCAUCUGUUGACUUUUUGCGCCGUGGUGGUAGUCACUGUGAUGUUCAGUACAGGGAUCUUUCUGCACGGUUGUUAAGGUCAUCUAAUGAUGUUCCUCAGAACCCCAAGAAUAAUGGCAGCAUGAAUGGGGCUUUGAACAAUGUACACUUAGAAAAUAGAUCAAAUGACGCGGACUGGUUUGGCACAUUAGAACAAGAUAAUAAAGGUAGCAUUAGAUCCAUCAAUCAAGGAAUCUGUCCAGAAAAAGUGCCUGUACCAUCUCAGCCAGUACAUAUUAUGCUUGAUCAAGUUUGUCAACCUCCGGCUUUUCUGACCAGUGAUCGUGUCAAGGGAGAUCUUUGGAAAGCAAAAUCUGGUGGCAUCGUAGAAAAAUCUGACAGAGGUUAUUCUCUAUCCAGCUAUAAUGUUCCUGGAACAGGUGCCUCUCAUCUUCCAAAUCAACCGGGAUUUUUUCAGUCAUGGGAUCAAUGUAACUCAUCUUGGGGGAAACCGGGCAGCUUUUUUGGCCAAAAGCCCAUACCAGUUCAGACAAGUCCAUAUCCAACUUCUGCUACCUUGAGCAAGAGUCCCCAAUCGUCUGCCCAAAGCAAUGAUUUGUUUGGUAAUAAUAAGUGGAAUUUAAAUAGCAGCCCUUCAGCUUUGGGGACUGACACACCUGUGAGAAAUGGUUUUUAUGAAGGUUCAUCUUAUUCUUAUAAAGGCGUUGAUUAUGCUAAUGGCAAUUACAGUGAGAAAAAGGUGCCUUGUUCCAGUAUCAACUACUUCAAGGCUACAAGUUGCUCCAAUGUGAAUCCUGUAAAAGAUGCGAACUUGAAUGUGGCACUUCCAAAUGGUGUGUCUGACGAUCAUUUUAGCAAGCAAGGUGUUAGGAUCUUAGACAAGGAUUACAGAUCCGAGGAUCCUGUAGCUGUUUUGCCAUGGCUCAGAGGAAAGGGCGCUUGCAAUAAGGAGGCAGAGAAUUCAAGGAAAGGUCUUAACUCGCUGGAGUCAGCCCUUUCUCAAUGGGGUUCAGUCGCUUCAAAUUCAUGUGAGGGUGAUGUUAAAGCCAAGGUUCUUGAUAGCAGCAGAAAAAUUCUUGGGGUACCCAUUUUUGAAAACCCUCCUACACCGAAGAAAGAGAUUUCCAAUCCUUUGCUUAUUCACAAAUGUUCAGGAAACAAGGAGAGUGAAAGAAGUGGGAGAAAAGGUGGUUUUGAUAUGAAUUUACCUUGCGACCCCACUGAAGAGGAAGCUGUGAUUGUAGGAGAGAAUAUUCAAACUGAAUCUGCUAGUCUCAGACAUCAUUUUGAUCUUAAUUCUUGCAUAUUUGAGGAGGAAAUUCCGAGUGAAACCCCUCUUCCAGAAAAUAAAACCUCCAUGAGGAUCAGCACUGGUAUAGAUUUGGAAGCUCCCUUCAUUCUUGAAGACGAGGAGGUCAUUCCUCCAGAUGAAGAUUCUUUAAUAAAAGAGACAGAGAAAGAGCCAGAAUUACCCCAACAUAAUGCUGGUGAUGGAGAAGCCGAACUUGCCAAGUCAGCAGCAGUGGCAAUUGUUGCCAUUUCAUCAUUUGUUAACCCAAAUCAAUCCAAGGAAGCAACUUUCCUACAAGUCGAAACUGACUUGGAUGAUCCCCUUCAGUGGUUUGUUGAUAUCGCUUGUUCUAAUGGAUCUGAUCUUGAAAAUGUGGAUGGGAUACCCGAAGAUUUGGAUGAUUUUGAAUUGAUGACUUUGAGACAGAAGGAGUGCACUGCGGAAGAGUCCUUCCCGAAACCAAGCUUUCCUGAAGUCCCUAAUAUUGAAGAAAAAGGGAUGUGUGUCUUAACUACAACUAGAGCACGAAAGGGACAUGGUCGUAGAGGAAGACAAAGAAGAGACUUUCAAAGAGACAUUCUUCCUGGCCUAACAUCACUUGCAAGGCACGAAGUAACUGAAGACCUCCAGAUGUUUGGUGGUCUGAUGAGAGCUACAGGUCAUCCUUGGCAAUCUGGGCCAAAUAGGCGGAAUGCUACUAGAUCUGGGUGUGCAAGAGGCAGGCGACGGUCUGUCACAGCAGCCCCAGCACAAGCACCAGCACCAGCACCUGCACCUGCACCUUCAACAGCAAAUGCAGUAUGUGCCCUUCCAUUGAAGCAGCAGCAGCAACAUUUACAGAAUAGUAAUACAGAAGUGGUUUUGGAAGAUAGAAGCCUGACGGGAUGGGGAAAAACAACUAGACGUCCCAGAAGACAAAGGUGCCCUGCAGGUAAUCCUGCAUCUGCCCCUCCUCCCGUACCUUUGACCUAAUUUAUUGAAUCGAGGCUCUGAUUUCAUGAAUCGGGAAAAAAAAUCUAUAGAGGGAAACAAAACAAAAAAAGAUGCUCGAGUAGAGUUGUUCGUUGAAGACCUUCGGAACUGAGCUUUUCCUUUCUCCUUUCUCCUCCUCUUUCUCUCUCUCUUUUUUUUUUUUUUUUUUUUUUUUUUUUAGUCACAAAAGGGGAUUGUCUUUGUACAUGUUCCUUAGCCCAAAAUUUGGGUCCCCUUUUUGCAACCAACUUUGUAUUGUUUCAUGAAUAAUGUUGCAUGGGGUUUCUUGUCCUUAGCUUAUGCUUUUGUGCAUGAGCUAAUUUGAACUAUAGUAGAUCAUGCACCUGUAUUGUGUGCUUGUCUUCUUCA